AUGGCGGAUUAUACCAAGGACCAGCUGAACGGCAAGACGACAAAGGUCAUCUCGCCCAUAAGGCUCGCCCACGUCGUGCUUCGCACGCGGCCCGAGUCGUUUGCCAACAUGGUGGCCUUCUACAAAGCGUUCCUGGGCGCCGAGACAUCGCACCAGAACGACUUCAUAUCCUUCAUGACGUACGACGAGGAACACCAUCGCAUCGCCAUCGUCGCGAUGCCCGAUAUUGGCCCGAAAGACGCCAAAACCGCUGGGCUGGAGCACAUCGCCUUCACCUUCUCCACCGUGCACGACCUGCUCACGGCCUACACGCAGCGCAAGGCGCUGGGCAUCGCGCCCGUGUGGUGCGUCAACCACGGGCCCACGCUCAGCAUCUACUACCGCGACCCGGACGGCAACCACAUCGAGACGCAGGUCGACGUCUUCGACACGCCCGACGAGACCAACGCGUACAUGCUGGACCCGGCCUUCGCCGAGAACCCCAUCGGCGUCGACUUCGACCCGGACGAGACGAUCCGGAAGCUCGGGAGCGGCGAGGCGUCGGUGCGGGAUGUGCUGACGAGGCCGAAUGUCGGGAAGAGGGAUUUGUCUGAUGUGCCUAUGGUUAAGGUGUAG